AUACUCUGCCGUGCAGUUGGGAAAUCCACAAGGAACAUGUCUCUUUGCUAACUCACCCUAGCAUUAGCGCGGGGUGUGUUAACGAUCAGUGACCUGAUCAAGGCGCCUGCGCAAUCACGGGGUCAAGAUCUGAUCCACGAACCGACGUGCUAUGAACUACUUCCGUUGGUGAUAUUGAUGACGACCAUCAUGGACAUCUGCACCCGUCACUCUAUUGCAGAAGAGAGCGGCGGAGAAGAAAUCUUCCACUCGCGCAAAACACCUGUCGGACGCAGUCAAGCCUUCCUCACCUUCUCUCGCCACUCGUACCCCCCUCCCGAGCGAGCACGUCCUGCUCAGCGAUUCGCCCACCUCAUCAUCCCCUUCAACCGCAUUCACUCCACUUGGCGAGGCGCGAACGCGCACCUCGGACGACGGGACGCAGGAAGGUUGGUCAAGCAUGAACGACGCUGCCCACCAUCGGCAGUCUCAACCGCAUCAGCCGCCGUGGUACGCUUGGAAGCAUCGCAGAUCGCGUCCAUUGGAAGAGUGGCGUUAAUGAGUGCGGUGGGGAAGUCAGUCGCAAGGAAGCUCAAAGGAAGGAUAGAGAAAGGACCAUGGCAGAUCUGGCUUACCACGAGUGGCGACACGCAUCAAGCGUUGUUGGGCCCCGACAGGACCCCUGAAAAGUCUAUCAGUGCUGGUAUUAGCUCCAUGCCCAAGCGCGGCUCUGCAUCCUCUACGACAUACAGGCACCCCCACGAGUUCGCUGCGGGGAGCGAUAUCUUGGGUGUCUACUCGGGUGGUGACGGUACUGUGAAGGAUCGCACGGGCUUUCUGGCAAGUGGAGCUGAGGCGUUGGAGGAGGACUGUGUGCGCCCUGUCCCACCUCAGUCUUUCCACGAUGUUGCAUUUCCUCUCGCUGCUGGCGAUGAGGGCAGUAUCGAGCGUAUAGUAUCCCUGGAGAACCCACCGUCAUCCAAAUCCUAUGAUCAAGACGUCGAGCUUCCCGCUGAGCCCGCGCUCCAUAUAAAGUUUCAGUCAGCAGUUGCGAAAGGGUCUAGAAAGACACCCGAUCGCAAGAUAGGGGGGGGGCUUAUCAGCAAUACCACCGCGUUCAACGCCAACGUGAAUGCGUCACCCAGCCCUGUCCCUUCGUUCAGACGUAACCAGUCGAAACGCCUCACACCCUCCUCCAUCCCAUUCUUCCGCCGGUCAUCUCCGCACAUUGUGCAAAUAUCGAUGUCGAACGCUGCUGCGGUCCCAGCCUCCCCCGACCACACCAAGCACAUCUCAGGAGAAGACAUCAGUUCUGAGUUUAGGGGUUCAAGUUCGAAAAGGAGUUUGCACAGCGAAAUGAGUGACACUGGGACGGCCAAAGGGACGAGAGAAAGUAGUGGUAAUCACAAAACGAGGGAAGGAGAAAAGGCGAGGGUGAUGCAAGGUCUCGAGGAUCGGAGCGAGAGUAGGAUAUCGGUGCUGAUGGGCAGGAAAAAGGACAAGGCAAACGCUCUCUUCCGCGGACCCGAAGAAGGCUCCGGCUGUGGCUUUGCACCAAAGCAGAUGUCCGCGCUUCCUGCUACUACCGCGCAGCGUGUCGCCAAUCUAGAGAACAACUCGGUACCUACAGCUGCUUCUGCCAUCACGAUGACUCCGCCGUCCUCUCGUAUCAUGUCCCAAACCGUGAGCUCGAUGCAGAAGCAGUCGCUGCGAACCACCGAUCAGGUGCCCACGAUUGCCGACUUGCCUCCAGUUGACGCAGUGACGGACGAAUUUGCGUCUUGGAAAACGGAGAUGCUCAAAGUGGCAACAAGUUGCGGAAGCGGAUGGCCAGCCAGUCUCCAGGCGUCAAUCUGCGCGCCAGCGCCUCCGCUCAACGAAUCAUCGCACCUUCCCCCCAGCAUCGUGCAGCGGAGUCCAUCGUCAAGCCGUCAGUCACUAUCGACGCCGUCCCCGGUUCCUGAGGCGGUGGAAGAGGAGUUCCUAGGUGAUGAAGAGAUGAAGCAAUACAUCAGUCGUCAGCAGGCUCGGCACCUGUGUCCCUACGCACGUGAAGAGAUGUUCCAUCAUUCUCUAGUUUAUUUCAUUGGUACUGGAAGUCAGAAGAAGCAAGCUGAUCCGGACAUCUAUCUAGUAGUGCGCAGUGACCACCUGGCAUAUCGAUAUGAAGUCGUGGAUGCCCUAGGCAAUGGAUCUUUCGGAUUUGGUCGAAAUCACGAUUUUGGACAAUCUACGCAAAUAGGACCAAGAGGAGAAAACCACGUCGUCAAGAUGACAGAGCAUUUCUACUUCUGCAGCCACUUGUGCAUCGCAAUGGAGCUGCUGAGCAUUAACUUAAUCGUUCGCUGCGGCCUUAAGCCCGAGUUAAAGCCAUCCUUCUCAAAGGAUGUUCUGCUCAAACACCCGCCGAAGAGCGCGAUCAAGGUGAUCGACUUUGGCAGUACUUGCUUCGAGCACGAGAAGAUUUAUACGCACACCCAAAGUCAGUGCUACCCUUCACUGGAGGUCAUCCUCGGCAUCAACUACCAUGUGGCCAUCGACAUGUGGAACCCAGGGUGCAUCCUCGCCGAAUUGUACACGGGAUUCCCAAUCUUCCCUGGCGAGAACGAGCAGGAACAAUUGUCUUGUAUGAUGGAGGUUCUUGGUCCUCCAAAUCAAGAAGUCAUUGACCGCAACCCACCGAAGAGGCUCCUUUUCGAUAACAGUGGAGCACCACGAUCCGUGGUCAACUUCAAGGGUCAGAGAAGAGGACCUGAACGGCGCAUGAAACCACAAGCAGCACUUCAGUAUAGUGUCUUGAAAACCGGACAACGGUCCAAGGUCACCAGUCCCUCGCCCACGACCACCACGGCGCUACUGCCAUCAUCCAGCCUUUCUGAAUCACGGACGUCGAAGGUUACGGAGACUCCGGAGAAAUCGCAGAUUAGCGCACUGUCGUCACAGACGGUGUCAAUGCCACCCCCGUCCGUGCAACCUCUAUGGGUCCGUUAUCACAGCCCUACCGUUCCUCGCGACAUUCAUUUUGCCGGACACUAGGUGGCAACUGCUAAAUGAGUUUUGGAACGGAUGGAUGGAUUUUUCCCCCCUUUGUUCCUCUUUGUCUUUUUAUGUUAAUAAAACCCUCUGGGGAAUCUUCACCCCAGCAUAAUUCAGUAGCAGGUUGACCUGAAUCCCACACAUCACACAUACUAAGUUCAUAAUUUCAUGAGUAUGUUGUGUAGUGCUGCAAGUCUACUGAAAUCCAAAGUAUCAGACUGUCUGGGAGGUAUGGAUUUUCAGGGAGUAUGGG